AUGUCCCGUAUCGACUUGGCCUUCGCAAGUCGGGAUCUGUGCGGCCGCGUCCUGAGGAUGAGGUAUGAACCGCACGGAAUUUCGGAUCACUCCCCAGUUCUGAUUGCGUUUACGGAGGAUCUACCCUCCGGAAGAACUUUUAAAUUGAACCCGCAUUGGUUUGAGGUGAUAGGGGAGCAGUCCCGAGUAGAUCAGGAUAUCCAGGAAUUUUGGGGCUUCAACGUUGGUUCGACACACAUACAUUUUGUGUGGGACGCGUUGAAGGCCCACAUUCAGGGUUUGUACUUUAAUAAGAUCCAUAGAUUUAGAAAGGAAGCACGACGAAGGGAGAAAGAACUCACAGACUUAAUAAGGAGCUUACGUGCCGCAUUGAUUGGUGGCCAUAGUGAGCAACUCAUCACCCAAAUAAAGGAGGCUAAUUUUCAGCUUAAGACACUUUUAUAUAAAAAGGCACAACACAAGCUUUUAUUUCAGGGCCAAAAUCGUUUUUGUGAGUCUGGUAAAACGGGCAGGUUUUUGGCUCGUUUGGUGGCCAAUCAGAGAGAGGACACUAGUAUAAAAGAAAUUAGGAAUUCACAGGGAAUUGGAGUGAGAUCAGCAGAGGAGAUUAGAGAGGAAUUCGUGAAAUAUUACUCUAUUCUAUACAAAUCUGAGUCUAUGGCUAGUCGCUCUGACAUUGAUUACUAUCUUCAACAACUGUCGCUCUCCCAGCUAUCUAUUGAAGCCAGAAAAAUGUUGGAUUCCCCUAUUCUUUUGGAAGAACUUCAGGCGAUUCUCCCGGCCCUAAAGUAUAGUUCAUCUCCCGGUUUAGAUGGUAUGCCAUUUGAAAUCUAUAGACUUACAAAGGAUCUAAGGGAGAACACGGAGACAAUGACAGAUUCUCAACAGAAGUACAUGCAGUUACAGAACGAGAUCACAGAAAUGAGAACGGCAGAAAAAAAUUACAGAAGGAGAAUGCACCAUUUGGAAGAUGAACUGGAAACAAUGAAGGAAGUAUUAAAGCAAUCAGAAGAAGAAGUGGUUAAUAUGAAAAAGGAAAGAAAAGUGCAGAUUGUUUCCUAUCAGAACAGAAUUGAACAGCUCCAGGAAGCUCUCAGAGAAAGCAUGCGGAGUGAGGACAGCUGGGAAACAAAGAUGCAGAAUGAAUUGGAAAAUCAAAACCAAAAAUACUUAUUAAAGCUUGAGGAAACAAAGAAGCAACUUUGUGAAGAAGCAAAUAUGGAAUUGGCGAUUGAGAGACAAAAACACCAGGAAAUGAUAAAGAAUUUUCAAGACAAGAAUGAGAUACUAGAAGGAAAGAUACCUUCACUUAUAUCCAAGGCAUGUGAUGAGCUGCAGGCAGAGGUGAACAUGCUGAAAAAAAGCUUACAAGAAGCUCAGAUGAGACUUACUGAGAAAGAUCAAGCUAAAUAUGAUGAGGUUGAAAACCUAAAGAAGAUAGUUUCUGAGCUGGAACUUCGAUUGAGAAAAGAACAAACCCACAACAUCUCUGUUUUGGAAGAAAUGAGAAAAGACAUCCACAAAAAAGCUGAGAAAUUGAAAGAGCAGAAUUUAAACUGUGCAGAACUGAGACACCACCUGGAUCAGGCCAUGCAAGAGGUUGAAUUCCUUAAAGAAACUGUGCGCAUGGAGUGUGAAGAACGCUAUGAACUCACCGAGGCCUUGACAAGGGCUAAGCAACAACUGCUUGAAAUAAAAAGAGGCGGUGGAAACUUCCCAAUAUCACAAAGCCCAUUUACUCCAGACAAACCAGCUUCAUCUCACAUCAUGAGUGGUACACAGAAGAAACCUCCUCUAACUUUACCAACCAGUAAUGGAACCAAACUAAUGAGCUUACCCGGGACAUAUGGGUCUGCCAGUGCCACCAAUUUCAACAAGCUCAGGCAGAGUAGUGGUAGUAGUUUACCUAUGCUACCGUCACCACAUCCACCAAAAGAGAGGACAUCUUCUUUGUCUGAUACACGGCAGAAAAUAACUGCAAUUCUGAGGAGAAAUUCUACUCAGCCAUAA